AGAGCCAGGACCCGGAAAGACUUGGGAACUCCCAGGGUGGGCCCCAGAGCCCCAACCUGCCCUUGCCUCUGCUACCCGCCCUGGAUGAGUGAGGUACAUGGCCUCUUGCCAAUUUCAUAGACUUGGGUGCGGCAGCCACAACUGGGUUAGGAGGACAAUGGCAGGUUCUGGGGGUCUCCUCUCCUCUGGGGGGUCCCUGCACUCUCUUCUUAGUCCACAGGAGACACAGCUCCUCCUUGGCUUCUUUCCUCCAUCCUCCACCCUCACAGCCCAAGGCUUUGGCUCCCACAGAUGCAUCCUUACAGGCUGGCCUGGGGCAGUUCCAUUCAUUGGUCCGACUGACACCCAGGGCCUGCUGGCAUCCCUUCUGAUCCAGACUCAGCAGCUGCCUCGUGGGUAGCCAAAGGCAAGCAUCCAGGGGGUUUUGUCUGAGCAGGCUGGCCUAGGACAGAAUGGGGGUUCAGGGGGUCCUUCUGGGGGUGCUGGCUUUUCUAGGGGUUGCUUCAGGAGGCUCCCUCACCCUUCACUGGGGCAGUACCUCCUGCUACUUGGUCAAGCCCAUCCCUGGUAACCCUCUGGGUUCUCUGAGCUUCUUGGGCAAAGAUGCCCAAGGCCUGGCACUAUUCCAGGCCCUCUGGGAUGCGCACUACAGGCUGAAGGUAUGUAUCAGGCAGGAUGACUCUGAGCUCAUCAGAGCUUUUGGAGUCCUCUGUACUCGUGAGCCCUCGAGGCACUCCUUCACCCACACUCCUGGACCUGAGCUGCAGAGAGCCCUGGCCACCCUGCAGAGCCAGUGGGAGGCCUGUCAGGGGUCUGAGGAUAGCCCUACAGGAGCCAGGGAGAAGCGAGCCUCAGGACAGAGUGGAGCACCUGACCGAGGGCAUGUUAGAAGGAGGAGAGGCUGGACCAUUCCUGGCACGCUGUGGUGUGGAGUUGGGAACUCUGCAGAGAACUCCUCAGAACUGGGUAUGUUCCACGGUCCUGACCUCUGCUGCCGGGAACACGACCAAUGCCCACAAACCAUCUCACCCUUGCAGUUUAACUAUGGCAUCCGAAACUUCCGAUUCCACACCAUCUCUCACUGCGACUGUGAUGCCAGGUUUCAUCAAUGCUUGAGGAACCAGAGUGACUCCAUCUCUGACAUCAUGGGCGUGGCCUUCUUCAACGUGCUGGAGAUCCCAUGCUUUGUGCUGAAGGAGCAGGAGGCCUGUGUGGAGUGGCACUGGUGGGGCGGGUGCAAGGCCUAUGGCUCAGUGCCCCUCGCUCACCUUCAGCCCAGGACCUACUAUAAUGCCUCCUGGCAGGCUGUAGCUACCUCACCUACUCCCAGCCCCCAGAGUCCAGCCCCCAGCACACUCCCCCAGAAGAGGCGCCUACAGCAGACACAAGUCGAGCACCAAAGCACAACCACCACCACAACCCUCCAGACCCCUGCUGUUGCCUUCAGGCCUGGUAUGGUUCCCAGAGCUCAGUCAGGAGUCCCCCAUCCCGGCUAUUACAAUGGCCAAAAGCUUCAAGGUGCCCACCGAGUGUGUCGAAGGCUUCAACAUCUGGACCAGUGUGAACACCAGAUCAAGCCCCAGGAAACCAAGUUCCACCUUCUCAACAGUGCCCAGAUGCCCCUUUUCCAUUGCAACUGCACCCGCCGUCUGGCACAUGCCCUGAGGCUCCACAGCCCACCUGCUGGCACCAGCAAGGUUUGGGAACUCCUGGGAACCACCUGCUUCAAGCUGGCCCCCCAACUCAACUGUGCUGAAAGCAAAGGCUGUUCCAGAGACCACAGGGCCAUCAAGGUGUCAGCUCAGCACCUGCAGAGGCUUCAGCGGAAACGACUCCAUUUCUGGGAUAAAGGCGCAGAUGGGAGCAUGGCACAGCCUCUGGAGCCUUCAGGGACUUCCUGGUCAUUCUACAGCCAGUGUCUACAACUAACCCGCGCAAUCUGGAGAGCCGGUGGACCGAAGACAUUCCGGAGCUCAUGACCUCAGGUGCAGCAGCCUGGACCUCCUUCUGGCUUUGCUAUGUUCUGAGAAGCUUGGCCUCUUCAAGGAACAGCGUGACUCGUGUGGACAACAGGAGGGCCUGAUGGGAGGAACCUCAAGGCCCAGACGCCGGGCCACAUCCGCUGUACUGGGUGACCUGCAGCUGGUGACACAACCCCUGUGCCUGCGCGUGCUGUUGAGGAGGCGCCUUCUGAAGCCUUGGGUUUCGGCCUUGCUGGGAAACUUCACGCACUGGUGGAAACGGGGAGUGACUGUGGCAGAGGUACCAGAAGUAGGACCCGACUGUCCCUGCUGCAAAACUGACAUGUCCCGGGACCUGCAUCCGGGAGUCUCAGCAACUGGCUCUGAGGCCUAGAGCUGCAGGCGGGAAAACAGGGGUACAGCGGAAAUACCCAGGUCUGAAUUCAACAUGGGGAGCAUGCUCCCCACUCUCCUCACCGGAGACCCCCUUCUUUUAAUAGCCCUUCCUAGCCCGAGCUAAUCUUUCUGCUCUAACUCUGAAUUGAAAUCUCUCCUGUGCCCUUGAAGAGUUAGGGACCUCCUUCCUCCCACUCAACCUUAGUUUCCUCCUCUGAAAAAAAGGAGGUGUUUCUUUUUUUGUACUUGUUUUGGUUUUGUUUUUUGUCUGAGCCAGGGUUUAACUGUAGCCCAGGCUGGCUUCUGCUAUGUACACAAGUAUAGCUUUGAACUUCUGAUCCACUUUCCUCUACCCCCAAGGACUGGGAUUACAGGAGUAAGCCAUCACGCCAAGUUUUAUGUGGUACUGGAAAUGGAAUCCAGGGCUUCAACCUUUCCACUCUGAGUUGCUAAGCAAGCAUGCAAUCAACUAAGUUACACCCCCAGCCUGAAAAGGGGAGCCAUAAACAUGAACUAUCUCACAGGGCUGCUGAGGAGUAAGUGAAUUAAUAAACACAUAUAUAACCAGUAAA